AUGUCUCCCCACGCCGACGAGGCCAUCCCAGAGCCCACGACACCGGGGGCGCAAGGCAACUAUAGAAGCACCGACGAGAAUAUGAUGUUUCAACCUCCAGUCGAGAACAAAAUGCCUCACUCCCCGUUUGUGCAGGGCAUGCACUAUAAGCGGACCCUCGCUCAAUUUUCCUUGGAGAACACCGUGAGCGUGAUCACAGGCGGUGCUCGGGGUCUGGGCCUGGUAAUGGCCCAGGCGUUGGUGAUGUCCGGCUCGAACGUGGCCAUAGUGGAUCUUAAUAAGGAGGAAGGAGAAUAUCAGGCAGAGAAUCUCUUGAGGCAAUUCAAGCAGGAGAAUAAUGGCUUGGAACAGCUCCCCACGAUUACUGCACACUAUGCAGAUGCAUCCAACCCCGACUCAGUAAAUGCGGCUAUCGCCGAGGUGCUGGAAAAGCACGGCAAAAUUGACAAUUUGGUCACCUCUGCCGGUUUUACCGAGAACUUCGAUGCUAUCCACUACCCGUAUGACCGUAUGCAGAAAUGCUGGGCGGUUAACGUGGAUGGAACGUAUCUGUUCGCAGUUGGCGUCGCAAAGCACUUGAUUGAACGCCAGAGCCCUGGAAGUAUUGUCAUGAUUGGCAGUAUGUCCGGUGCAAUUGUCAAUGUUCCUCAGCCCCAAGCUCCCUAUAACGCUGCCAAGGCAGCAGUGCGCCAGCUCGCCGCCUCUCUGGCCGUCGAAUGGGCUCCUUACAACAUCCGAGUGAACUGUAUUAGCCCAGGUUACAUGCUGACUGCACUAACACGCAAAAUCCUCGAUGAAAAGCCAGAGAUGAAGGAGAAAUGGACGUCGUUGAUUCCGACCGGCAAGAUGGGAAGCCCCGAGGAUCUUAUGGGGCCUGUGACCUUCUUGCUCAGUGAUGCUUCCAAAUAUGUCACAGGCGCUGACCUCAGAGUGGACGGUGGUUACACUCUUAUAUAA